UCCAUAACUUUUAUCUCCACCCACAAAACCUUCAUUGGCUCUCUGCUGAUGGACGUGAAGCUGAAAAACUUCGGCUCUCAGCAUUUGGGUUCUGUCUUCAGCUCGCCGCGUUGGAUUCACCUCAGGUUACAGGUGAACAGAGCCAGGAUGCUGUUUGCGUUUCUUCUUCUGUCCUCUGGGCUUUUCCUGGAUCUGGAGGUGUGUACUGCAGCGCAAUCUGAACUGAGAAUCACAACCAUUAAGCAAGAUCCGUAUACAAUGUCCAAAGGAGGUCAACUGGAAGGCUUUUGCAUGGAUCUGCUCUCUGAGGUGGCCAAGACCGUUGGACUCAAGUACAAGGUGAAGCUGGUGAAAGAUGGCGCCUACGGUCGUCAGGAUGAGAGCGGGAACUGGAACGGGAUGAUUGGAGAGGUGGUGAGAGGGGAGGCAGAUCUUGCGAUUGCGCCGCUGACUCUGACUGCAGCGCGGGAGAAAGUUGUGGGCAUGACCAAACCCUUCAUGCAGACUGGGAUCAGCAUCCUGCUGAGGAAGGACAUCUCAGAGGGAGCCGGUUUCUUUCACUUCCUGUCGCCCUUCGCGCCAGAAACCUGGAUGGGGAUUCUCAUCGCCUACAUGGCUACUGCUGCUAGCAUCUUCAUAGCUGCCAGAGUAAGCCCAUGUGAGUGGAGUGAGGCUCAGAGUGAGAGAAACAGAUUCAGUUUCCUCUACAGCCUGUGGUACGCAGCUGGAGCUCUGACUCUACAAGGUGUUGGUCCUCACCCUAAAGCCCUUUCAGGACGUGUCAUCUGCAGCAGCUGGUGGCUGUUUUCUGUCGUUCUCUUGGCUUGUUAUUUCUCCAACCUCAGCUCCUCCAAAACCUCAGAGUCCAGUCACCUGACUGUGAAAGGGUUCGAGGACUUGGCUGGUCAGAACACGAUCGAGUACGGAUGCCUGGCCGGUUCCUCCACUCUUGCUUUCUUCAAGAAUUCAAACAACCCAGUAUACCGCAGAAUCUACGAACACAUGGAGAGAACGCAGAGCUUCGUGUCGUCUAUGGACGAGGGGGUCAAACAAGCAAAGGAGGGAAAUUUUGCCUUCAUCGGAGAGUCUGUUUCUCUGGACUUGGCUGUAGCGCGUCAUUGUGAGCUGGUGAGAGUGCAUGAAGUCAUCGGCAUGAGAGGAUACAGCAUCGCUGCCCCACUUGGUUCCCCGAUCAUAAAGAACCUCAGUGUGGCGAUCCUCCAGCUUAGCGAGGCGGGGGAGCUGGCCUAUCUGCGGAGCAAGUGGUGGGCCAGCAGCUGCAUGGCAGACAAGGCCAAACCUGCAGCCGUGCAGCCGCACAGCCUGAAGGGGAUGUUCCUGGUGCUUGCUCUGGGCCUCGGGCUGGGGACCCUCAUGGCUGUUCUGGAGCUCACCUUUAAGAGUCGCAGAAAGGCAGCCGAACUGCAGAAGUCAUGUUGCACCGUGCUAACUGAGGAGCUCAGUCUGCGCCUGAAGAACAGCAGUGCAGACAAACCCCAGGAGAAUGCAGACAAAGAAAAGGCAUAAAAGACUCGAACACUCUCUAGUCUGAAAAGUUUUCUCCUUUUAAAUGAAAUCAAACGUAACUUUAUAGGUUUUUUAAUUUGAUACUAAACUUUUAUUCAAAACAAAAACCUCAGACCUACAGCUGGGCGAUAAAAUCAUUUUAUUGCUAAAUUAAGUAUUUUGACUUUGAGGAUUGAAUUCUUGGAAAAUCAGUAUUUGUUUUCUCCAACACAUUCCUUGGUUUUCCUUGUGAUGUUAAAAACUACCAUCUUGUUUGACAAGUGUUUUUACAUCUUUUGUUUAUUUCAACUUGAAAUUCAGGCCAACUCAAAGGAAACAUGGUCGAAAUAAAAGCCAGUUUGUAAAAAUAUUUUCUAUCAUUUGACUUUUUAAACAAAAAAGUGAUGAAAAUACAUCAGAUUUGGUAUUUAAGAGAAACUUGAGAUUUCAUUUUUAAACCAUAUCGCCCAGCUGAAAUUUAACCCCAAUGCUUUUUACUAAUGGUUUCUAAAUGUAAAUACGAAUAAUAAUAAAAAAUCAGGUUUUGUUUUUUUUACAAAAAAUAACUUUUAAUCCUAGUUAACAUUUAAAAUCAGAAAAUACAACUUACAUAUAAAGCUUGACUACUAAUUUAACAGUUUGGAAGCAUUUCUGUACAGUUGGCAGCAGCAUCAUUUGAUUUCAGCAAUUUCUUUUCACAAACAAUGUCUCAAUAAAAAGUUAAGAACCAUAAACAGUCCAGCUAAACUAGAAAAAUAAAGUUUGUCUUUUUGCUCAG